CAACACACAGUAUUGGCGGAGCCGUGAGAAGUGAGAACGCGAGGCGAAUCUUCAGCGUGAGCUAUGACUUCGGACUCUUCCUCGCGCGUUUUCUCAUCCUUCGCCAGUCCACGCUGCAAGGAGAAAUCCCCAACCCCUCUCCAUCUCAGAAACAUCAACGAUCUCUCCGUUACUUGAAUGCGCCGACUAAUUUGUGAGUUGCGAACUUGCGAUCGUGUUUCAAUUUUGCCUCUGAUUCGAAGUCACUUGAGUUGGAUUAGGAGAUUAUUGCUGCAGGCUGUAGUGGGACAUGAGUUGUAGUUGUUUUGGUUCUUCAUCUGUGCUAAAGAAGAGACAUGACAGGCGUGCUAAUGAAUCCACACAAGCUGAAGAAGGGAUCUCAAUUUCGAAGACGAAAAAUUUCACCUACAAUUCACUGGUAGGAGCAACAAACAACUUCCAUCGAAGUAAUAAGAUAGGAAGAGGAGGUUUCGGUACAGUUUACAAGGGGGUUCUCAAAAAUGGAAGAGAAGUUGCUGUAAAGGUGCUUUCAGCUGAAUCAAAACAGGGAGAACGGGAGUUUAUGACUGAGAUAGAAACCAUAUCUAAUGUCAAGCAUCCACACCUUGUUGAGUUACUUGGUUGCUGUGUUUAUGGUCAUAACCGGAUUUUGGUGUAUGAGUAUUUAGAAAACAGUAGCAUCGAUCGCGCACUAUUGAGUUUUCGAAAGUCCAUUAAUUUGGAGUGGGAGAAGAGGUCUGCCAUUUGCAUGGGGACUGCAAGAGGCCUUGCAUAUCUUCAUGAAGAACUUGUGCCUCACAUUGUUCACAGAGACAUCAAAGCUAGUAACAUUCUUCUGGACGAGAACUUCCAACCAAAAAUUGGUGAUUUUGGAUUAGCUAAGCUUUUUCCUGAUAAUAUUACUCAUAUCAGCACAAGAAUAGCAGGAACAACUGGUUACCUGGCACCAGAGUAUGUCCUAGGUGGUCAAUUAACUCUGAAGGCAGAUGUUUACAGCUUUGGAGUCUUGACACUUGAAAUUGUAAGCGGAAGAAGCAGUGGAAAUAGUGAUUAUGGAGGUGGCCAGAAAUUACUAAUAGAAUGGGCCUGGGAGCUUUACGAACAAGGGAAAUUGCUGGAUCUUGUCGAUCCAGAACUCGAGGAGUUCCCAAAGGAUGUGGCGACCAGGUAUAUGAAAGUCGCCCUAUUCUGUACUCAAGCGAAUGCGAGCAGGAGGCCAUUGAUGAGCCAGGUCACCGAGAUGCUUUCCAGAAACGUAAAGCUAAAUGAAGAUCAACUCACGCCGCCUGGCUUCUUCGAAGAUUCAGGCCGACAUAGUGGUAAGGCGUCGAAGAAUAAGUCGAGUGACACCUCAACCAGCCGCCAGAUGAGUUCUGUUCCCAUCACAAUCACUGAGGUUGUCCCGAGAUGAAGUUGAAUAGCUGAAGUCAGUGUGAUGAUUUUGCAUGAAUUUUUCGAAAACGAUAGUUUCGUUGAGUUUGCAUUCGAGUUCCGAGGGCUGGCUUUCGUUCAGCCUUCUGCGUAAAUGAUAUUAUUGUUAUUCAGCUAUUUAUUUGCAUCAGGCGUUACAUAGUUUCAUGGUA